AUGGCGGAAGCGAUCGAAGCAAAACAGUGCUUCAAUUGUCAGGCUAAGUUUUAUUCGGAUGACGCCUUCUGGGAUCACGUCUACAAUGUGAACUGUGGAUCAGAUACAAACGUCGUCGGUUCCACCUCGACGAAAUCAAAAUCAGAUGAACCGAAUAAAGUUAAUGGAGGUAUCUCCGAACAGGGUGAUGGCGUCAAAUCGUCAACCACGACCGAUCCAAGUACGCAUUUCGAGUGUGCUCUUUGUUGUAUUCAAUUUCCAUCAAGUGGCGAGUGGUACGCGCAUUCGAAAUCUGAUGAACACCGCAAUAAGGUGGCCGCAGCUGCGGGGCAUUAUGCCAGUGCAACUAGCACGAAAAAAGAUAAACCAGCUACGGAGUUUAAGACUGACGCAAGCGAAGCCCCAUCCAGAGCAUUUUGUGAUGAAUGUCAAGUUCCACUGCCCUCGCAUGAAGCUCGUGCGAUUCACGUAAUGGGUAAAAAACAUCAAAAAGCGAUGAACCGAAUUCUCAAAGAUAACCUUUUCAGUGGACAAACUGCUCUCGGGUUUAGUGAUGCUUCCACGAGUUCAAGUUGUUCAAUGCAAGGGAUGGAUGAUAUCUUGACACCCACAGUUGUGCUCAAUAAACCCGUAUCGGUGCCUCUCCAAUCUGAGCCCCCGUUGAAUUGUGAGUUCUGUCGUGUAUCGUUGUCCGAUUUACAGGAAGCACAACAGCAUGUAUCUGGACAGCAACACCAAACGAACGUGAAUACGGUGUCCAGUUUAAAAAUAAAACAAUCAUCCAAUAUUUCUCCUUUGUUGAUGGCUCAUCUGAAGAUAUCUGCACCUACCCAGCUAGACGAGCUAAUUGGACUUUUACGCCGACUCUGUUUGGCACAAUUGACUUCUUUAAUGUACCAACUGGAACAAAGCAUUUCAGCCGGUAAAAAGAAACCAGUCGAUGCUGCAUCGGUGAAUUUGUUGGGCGAGGAAAACUUUUCCGGUGUAAGUACACAUGACUUGUUGGAAUUGUUUCGAUCGGUUUGUAAAGAAGAACUGGAACUUAUGCUAUCCUCUCGUGUUCCAGCAAGGUAUUGA